CUUGUGAGGGACAGGAUAAUACUUGCAGGAUUUCCCACGUUUCCUAUGACCAAAAACGGGCUGAGGACUCUGACACUGACAGAUAUUACGUGACAGGCACACGGGAAAUAAGCUUAAAUAAGCUGAAAUAAGCACCAGGGAAACAUCAGAUGCAAACUUUCGCGAUGGCAAACGCCGUGAUGCUUUUUCUCUCGUGCGUUUUCGCAGGAGUGCACACAUUAGCACCUACAUAUGAAGCAGAGACGGUGAGGAAGAGCCAUACAGUUGUUACCACCACGGGCAAAGAAUGUAAAUUCCCUUUUCGUCAGGGUGGAAGGAUUCAUCAUCACUGCAUCACUGUCCUGUCCUCAAGACCAUGGUGCUCUCUUACACACAAUUUUGAUCGGGACAGGAAGUGGGGUUUCUGCACACCAGAGAGAAGCCACCCAAAUGUUUUUGUCCACACUUCACGCAGAAUCACAGAUCCGUGUCAGGCGAACCCGUGUCAGAAUGGAGGCGUCUGCACAGCGAUCCCACACAGACGCACAUUCGAAUGCUCCUGCCCUGAGAGCUUCUCUGGGAGAAUAUGUGAACAAAAGAAGUGCUACGAAACCGUACACCUGCGCUAUUAUGACAUCGGAGAGUCUUGGGGACGAAUUCACCUCCGUAACGUGGAACAGUGCACAUGUGUGGCAGGGGAAAUUAAGUGUGAGAGAGUCCACUACACGAUGUGCCGUACAAACCCAUGUCAGAACGACGGAACGUGUCGACUGAUCGUAUCCACCGGAAAGGAAGUGUGUAACUGCAGGCAUGGCUACAGUGGACCUCACUGUAGUCUCGAGCCAGAGACAGAUUGCUAUAGCAGCAGGGGCACAGGUUACAGAGGCCUGGUGGGCACCACCGUGUCCGGCGCCCGGUGUCUGCCGUGGAACUCAGACCUGCUGUUUGAUGAGCUCCAUGUGGGCACAGUGAUUGCAUCACCUGUUAAAGGCCUUGGGGAGCAUGCCUACUGCAGAAACCCAGACGAGGACAAGAAGCCUUGGUGUUACACAAUAAAAGACAACGCCAUCUCCUGGGAGUACUGUGGCGUCCCCUUCUGUGUGAUGGCUGCGUGGGGAAAUCAACCAGCAGUAGAUUCGAAAUUAUUCAGAAGAGCUUCUUCUCUGAGGUUUACUCCAUUCAACGUCCUGCCCACCAUUGAAAAUCCCAAACCCUUCAAGCCGGCCAAAAAACCCUUAUGCGGGACAAAGCACAAGAAGAGGUUAUCGACAGCCAGAGGGAGGAUAAUGGGUGGAAAUUCGUCUCUGGAAGGUAGUCAUCCAUGGAUGGCAGCCAUUUACAUCGGACAGUCAGACUUCUGCGGCGGCACUCUCAUCUCCUCUUGCUGGGUCGUGUCUGCGGCCCACUGCUUCUUCAGCAACCCCCUGAAAUCUCAAAUCCGUGUGGUCCUGGGCCAGCAUAGCUUUAAUACCACCGGUCCCAACACCAGGACAUUUGGAGUGGAGGACUACGUCUUUCCAAGGCACUUCUCAGUGUUUAACCCAACACUGCAUGACAUUGUUCUAAUCAAACUGAAGAAGCAGGACGGGCGAUGUGUGAAGAAAACCCCGUUCAUCAGGCCCAUCUGUCUCCCAGACAAAAGCAUGAUGUUCCCCGAUUACUACUGCUGCACCAUUAGUGGCUGGGGACAUACACAAGAGAAGGGAAUGGGAUACUCCACUCUGCAGGAGGCUGGAGUAAGACUGACUCCUCAUGAUAAUUGCAAGAAGCCAGAAGUGUAUGGCAACCAUGUCACCAGUGACAUGAUUUGUGCAGGGAUUAACGGCUGCGUUGAUGCGUGCCAGGGCGACUCCGGGGGCCCGCUGGCUUGUGGGAGGAAUGACGUCAGCUUCUUGUACGGGAUCGUCAGCUGGGGGGAGGGCUGCGGCCGCUCCAAUAAACCCGGAGUUUACACAAAAGUAGUGAAUUACAUAGACUGGAUCGAUUCAGUGAUCAAACGCAAACCCAAGCCUUCACCAAACGACAUUACCUGGAAAUAACCUUUUGUGCAUGAGAUGUUUAAAGAUAUUAUAUAUGAACUUUUUACAAUUUUUUUUAUUAUUGUAAAGCUUCUGGAAGUUUAUAGGUUAUUUGUUUAACUGUGAAAUAUUUUGAGACUGAAUAAACCUUCAAUGACUUUCAGUGA